AUGAACAUUCCGGUCACUGGCCAAGGUGACGAUCGAGUCGGCUCCGCCCGGGAUAACUCCACGGGUGGAACCUUGAGCAAACUGCCGUUCGAUGGCUCUGACUCGUCAUCUUUAAUGUCACUCCUUACUACUUUCAUUCCCGUUCUCGUGUAUGCCGUCGUCUGCGUCUUGCUAUUCUGGGUUCUUCGUCGGAAAAGCGAUCGCGUAUACUCUCCACGCUCGAUUCUGAGAAACUUCUUCUCCCAUGAGCAAAGCUUACCCCUGCCGACGGGUUGGCUAGACUGGAUCAAACCAUUUUGGAAUGUUCCUGAUACUUUCAUCCUCAAUCACUCUUCUUUAGAUGCCUUCCUGUUCUUACGCUAUCUCAAGGUUCUCGCCUUGAUAUGUGCUGUAGGUUGCGGCAUCACAUGGCCUACUUUAAUGGCAAUCCACGCCAGCGGUGGCGGUGGACUGUCACAGCUCGACCGUAUCACUAUCGGUAACAUCAAGGACUCGCAUAUAUUCUUCGUCCAUGCUCUUGUUGCCUGGGUCUUUUUUGGCUUCAUCCUUUUCACCAUAUACCGUGAAUGCAUAUACUACAUUAAUCUUCGCCAUGCCUAUUUGCUAUCACCAUACUACGCCAAACGAUUGUCUUCGAGAACAGUCUUAUUCAGCUGCGUCCCUCCCGAAUACAUGGAUGCCGCCCGUCUGCGAAAGGUUUUCGGAGACACGGUCAGAAACGUUUGGAUUCCUCGAGAUACGAGCGACCUAGAAAGGCUAGUCAAAGAACGUGACGAGACCGCCACACGUCUGGAGAAGGCUGAGAUCCGUCUGAUAAAGAUGGCGAACCGGCGGCGCAAUAAGCAGUUAAAGGAGGAAGCGAAAGCGGCUCUCAAUCUCGAAACCGUCCCGAGCCCGGUCCCGACCGGAACAUCUGAGCAAUCGGAGGACGCCGAGAAAGGCUUCCCUUACCACCAGAAUACCAUGUUACCUGAUGUCAACGGCUCCGUUGCCGCCCAGUGGAUUGGAGCUAGCGAGCGGCCCUACCAUCGCCCUUUGGCGAACUUCUUUCGUCGCGUCGAUACCAUCAAGUGGACACGAAAUCGCAUCAAGGCACUGACAAAGCAGAUUAAUAAGCUUCGUCGAGGUUUCCUCAAAGGUGAAGGCAACCGCUUGCCUGCCGCUUUUGUCGAGUUCUCUUCUCAAGCCGACGCGGAACGGGCAUGCCAAACUCUCAUGCACAACCGGCCGUUGCAUAUGUCCCCGCGGUAUAUCGGCAUGCAUCCUGACGAAGUUGUGUGGAGCUCGCUAAGGAUGCAGUGGUUUGAACGCAUAGUCAGGGGCUUUGCGAUGCGAGCACUUAUCGCUGCUGCCAUCAUCUUCUGGUCCCUGCCAUCGGCCUUCGUUGGUGCCAUUUCGAACAUUACGUUUCUCGCCGAUACUUUUCCAUUUCUCAAAUGGAUAUUGCAACUGCCCCAAGCAGUCACUGGCAUCAUUAGCGGUCUAUUGCCUGCGCUAGCCUUGUCCUUCUUGAUGGCUAUCGUACCGUGGAUAUUAAGAGGUUGCGCCCGCCUGGCCGGUGUCCCAUCCUUAUCCUUGAUUGAACUGUUUGUUCAACAUGCAUACUUCGCCUUCCAAGUGGUCCAGGUCUUUCUUGUCACGACCCUCACAUCUGCCGCCUCCGCCGCACUCGCCCAAGUCCUCAAAGACCCCUUCUCCGCCAAAGACCUCCUCGCCGAGAACCUCCCAAAAGCCUCAAACUUCUACAUCUCCUACAUUCUGAUCCAAUGCCUGGCUGUCGGCGCCGCGUCUCUCGUCCGAGCCUUCGACAUAGUCCGGCAUCACAUCCUCGCCAAGAGCUUUGACAACCCUCGAGGACUCUUCAGGAUAUGGCAUAGAGAGCGUCCUAUCCACUGGGGCGCCAUCUUUCCUGUUUUCACCAACAUGGGCGUCAUUGCUAUAAGUUACUCGUGUAUCGCACCGGUGGUUCUCGGGUUCGCCGCUGUCGGCCUCUACUUGAUCUACCUUGUUUACAAAUACAACCUUACCUACGUCAGCAACUCUGCCAUCGACACUCGCGGGCUCGUGUAUCCCCGCGCACUCAUGCAUCUGCUGGUAGGACUUUACCUUUCCAUCGUCUGCCUCAUUGGUCUGUUCGUUCUACGUGAGGCCUACGCCCCAGUAGCGCUCAUGGUUGGCCUUUUGGUUUUCACCGCUUUGGUUCACAUUUCUCUACGAGAGGCAGUGGCGCCCUUGCUCUAUAGCAUCCCUCGGGCACUUGCUAUGGAAGUCGAAGAACUCAAUAGUGGAAUGAGUGUGCAAUACCCUCAAGACGACUUCCUCACAGAUAUCGACAUCAACAAUUCAUACCCCGAUUUCAUGGACCCCGCCGACGAUUUCGACGGCCCAGUCCACGAAACGAACGGCACUCGUGGCGGCGUCGAAGGUGCGAGUGGUUUGAUGGUCUCUAUCAGGGACUGGUCCACCGGUGCGCUCCUCAAGAAAGCCCAGGAAACGGCUACCAACUGGGGUCUGGCGGGCCCCCUUGGCUAUCUCUCAUACUGGGUGUCGCCCGACCCAUCCAUCGAGCCCAAUUGCGUUCUUCGAUGGCUGCAUCCCGGCAUCUUUGACGAUUUUGCUACCCUCCGCCGUCUAAUUCCUAAUGAUCUUCCGGACCCCACCAUGACCUACCCUCCGGAUUACGCCCGCCGUGCGUAUUGGCCACCGGAAAUGGCGUCGCCGCCCCCAACGGUGUGGAUCCCCCGAGACCCGGCCGGAGUCAGCCUCCAGGAAGUGGAGCACUGUCGUAAGGUGGUGGGUUGUACCGACGAAGGGGCAGAACUCAACGACAAGGGUCGGAUAGAAGUUGAUUUGCAAAAGGCCCCGUUUUGGGUGCCGAGAGUAUUAUACUAG